AUGUUGGUCAAACUCUUUUGUGACGCAGGUAUGGUUGAGGAAGCUUUGUGCUUUGGGUGCAUUACAUUCCAGGCGCAUUUCCUUAACUCCGCCGCACACCAGAGCUACUGCCAGAUCGAGAGGGCGCAGCAGAGGAGCCCCGGCGAUGGCGACGAGGCCCCGCGAAUCGUGACGGCCGAUGAUAAGAGAGAUAACGACGAGAAAGCCGCCAUGACGUCACAGGGGAUGCGAGCCGUGGCCACCGCCGAGGUCGUCGCUGCGUCGGGAGGGAGGCAGACGGCCGUCCCUCCGCAGGGCAGCGCGAGGCAGUUGACUUCGUGGGCGUCGGGACAUCGCCACGCUGGCCAUGCGGCCGAGGCUCAGGAGGAGUGCACAUGCAAGCCGCAUCCAACCGGAAUUGGUGGAGGAGGCGCCGUAGGAGGAGGAGGAGCGAGAGGAGGCCCACACGGAGGAUCCUUCAGAGCGCCACCUCAGCCCCCCGCUCAUCACCGAGGUCCUCACAGUCCCGUUCUGCCCCCUAAGAAGUCGUCCCAGGCGGCGGGGGGUCGACGGAUCAGUCUGCCCGAGGGACCCAGCCAGCCUCCCUUCUUCCUGCAGAGGGGAAACUUUUAUGGGCCUUUGUCCUCCCACGCCUGGUGCAAGACCCCUACUCUUAUCGGCAAGCCAUCAUUUUUAAUGAGUCGAUACGCAGAAGUAGUAAAAACUGAUGUUGAAUCCACACUGUCCAGAUAUGAACCCAUACACAUGCAGUAUACGCACGCGUUUUCUUUUGUUCCUCCGCUCUCCGGCCCGGCAGCUACGAAAGAAAACGAGAGCCUUUAG